AUGUUGACAAAGAAAAUAAAGCUUCCGAAGUUUGAAACUGUGGCAUUAGUUGAGGAAAGUAAUGCAAGAGUCCAGAGCAAAUUGCCUCCUCAAUUGAAGGAUCUAGUGAGUUUUACUUUACCAAUUUCAAUUGGGAAUUCCUGUUCAAUUAACGCAUUAUGUGACACUGGUACUAGUAUUAAUCUAAUGUCGUAUUCUAAUUACAGGGAAUUAGGACUAUGUAAAGUCAACUCAGCAUCAAUAACGCUACAACUAGAUGAUAGAACAAUCGCAAGGCCAUGUGACAAAGUUGAGGAUGUACUCGUAAAGGUAGGAAAUUUCAUAUUUCCUAUGGAUUUCAUUAUAUUGGACAUACCAGAAGAUCUAGACAUUCCAGUUAUAUUUGGUCGACCAUUCUUAGCAACGGGACAAACCCUUAUUGAUAUGGAGAAGGAGAACUAA